GAUGUUUCUGUUGUCAUGAGACGCUCCAAACAAGAAGGUGGCAGUCAAACAGAUGACUGCAGCGUCCGUCUGUGUUCUCGCGAGACUACAUUUUUCUCUAAUCGCGCCGCGCGCCCCUCUUCCUUCCUCUUUCCGCCAUAUUGCAGAACUGGCAUCAUGGUGCGCAUGAACGUUCUCGCCGAUGCGUUGAAAAGCAUCAACAAUGCAGAGAAACGUGGAAAACGCCAGGUUCUCCUCAGGCCCUGCUCUAAAGUCAUAGUGCGCUUUCUUACUGUGAUGAUGAAGCACGGUUACAUUGGCGAAUUUGAGAUCAUUGAUGAUCACAGAGCCGGGAAAAUUGUAGUCAAUCUCACAGGGAGGCUGAACAAGUGUGGUGUCAUCAGCCCACGGUUCGAUGUGCAGUUGAAGGAUCUGGAGAAGUGGCAGAACAACCUCCUUCCAUCCAGACAGUUCGGAUUCAUUGUUUUGACAACCUCAGCUGGCAUCAUGGACCAUGAGGAGGCCAGACGAAAACACACAGGAGGCAAAAUCCUUGGGUUCUUUUUCUAAAACAUGUAAAAUCAAAUAAACAGAGUGGAAGAAAA